AGCAACGAAACGAUUACCAUCGAAACAUGGCGUCCGAUACGGAGGAUGAAUUGCUGCCAACCACAUCGGUCAGUGCGGCGUCAACGUCAACGAGGGCUGGCCGACGGCUGCGGAAUCGGAACGUGCUCAACGUAGAGGACAGCGAUAAUGACAGCAGUGGAAGUGGACCGAUUGCUGGCCCAAGUCGUCGGCGCACUGUACCGGUUACGAAGAUGGAUCUGGCGUCCGAGAGCUCGGAGUGGGAAUCUGACUGGAACAGUGACGAAGAGCAACUGUUGGAAAAGGGAGACAAGGACGCUGUGGCGGCCGUGUUGGCCAGUAAGCUCGGAUACGCUUCGGACGAAUCGAGCGGUAGCAGCAGCAGCAACGAUAGCGAAAAAUGUCCAAUCUGUCUGCUGUCGCUUCACAAUCAGGAAGUUGGCGUGCCGGAGGUUUGUGAGCAUGUGUUCUGCGCCCCGUGUAUCGAGGAGUGGUCCCGCAACGUAUCCACCUGUCCGAUCGAUCGGAAAGCGUUUGAGCUAAUCAAUAUUUACACGGAUCUCGAGCGGCGACAGCAACAAAAGGAAGUCCUACGGGUGUAUCGCGUUCAACCGAAACCGGCCGAAGGUGAAGUGGAUGGGCAGGGUGCGGAGAGGACAGCAGGGUUGGCCGCACCGGAUGAAGACGAACUGACGUAUUGCGAAGUGUGCCGGCAGUCGCACAGCGAAGAAACGAUGCUGCUGUGUGAUUCGUGCAAUCUGGGCUAUCACAUGGAAUGUUUGAAUCCUCCGUUGCUGGAAAUCCCGUCCGGUUCGUGGUAUUGCGACUGUUGCUUUGCAUCCGGGUCGGACGAAGACGACAACGAGCUGCAGGAUCUGUUGGACGAUUUGAACGAGAUCGGCGGUAUGCGAGAGUCUCGACUGAGGCAGCGUAUUCACAGCCCGUUACGCAUCGUGCGGACACGCCAAAGCGAACGCAUCCGGGCGGCAAUACUAACGCGGGCAGCUGCCGCAGUACGGUUGAACAUGGUCCAAAGUUCACCGGAUGGAGCUGGCGGGCCAUCGACGGUGGCGGCUAGGGUACGCCGAUUGGCGGCCGGUUCUUCGGCACACGGCGGGAGUAGUAGCAGCAGCAGCCUGGUGGCAGUCGCCGCCGCACCACGUGCCCGCAAAACCGUCAAACGGAGAAGACGACGUCGAACGCGUCGAAAAAUUCUCAGCAUGAUCAUCUCCGAAUACGACGUGGAGGACAAUGACAAUGGUACGGGUGUGGGAGGCCCUGGCGAGGGACAAAAGUUUGCGAUCAAGCGCAAAAAGCUGUACAGUACGCUGCGGAAGCUGCGCAAGAAGCGUGCAAAGCGUAGGAAAAGCGGUGGAAUUGGUGGUGGAGGAUCCAGACGUCGUAGUGCUGCGGCCGCCGCUGCAGCUUUGGCCACCAACGGGGAAAAUGUGGAGCUGCUGAGAGCAACAAAUGCAAUGACGGAUUCGGUACAGCGGCAGCGUAUCGGUGCGGGUAUAACGCCGCUAAAGAUUUUUGGCGGUCGCAACGAUCUGGACUACUUUAGUGACGAUGACGACGAAGAGGAAGGUAGCAGUACCGGUGGGGGUACGGGUGGAGCUGGUGGAUCGACACUGGUCGCGGGUGGAGCUGUCGGGGCCCGGUUGCGAAACGUGCUCGGACGCAGACGAGUAUUGAAAAGUGGAUUUGAAAGCUUUAGCACACCUACGCCAGGCGAGCCAGCGUCGACAGGAUCCGAUUUGCUCGGAAGCAUUCUCGAGAGUCAAGAACGGUGGCAUUCGCGGGAUGGUUUGCGAAACGUACGUAUUAAUGGUGGGAAAAUCGUUUUUCCUAUCGAUCCAUCGAAUGGUGAGCGUCAGCGUGGACCGACCCCUGCGGGACCCAGCGGUACGAGAGAAUCGAUUGGAGCUGUGAAUGUAGCCGCUAAUACGCCCGGAACUCAAUCUAUCUCGGUCGCUGGUGGAAGUAGCAGCAGCAGUAGUGGGACUGCUGGAUCAAACUCCUCCUCCUCGAAUAAUAUCGUCACCAACGGUACAGGCGGUGGAAGUGGUACAAGCGGUAGUAAUAAUAAUAUUGGUACAUCCAGCACUUACCCGAGUUCAUCAGAUGCUUCCGCAUUGAUGGAUUCUCCGAUGAGCAGCAAAGCUUCCGCCACUACGCCAGCAUCAAGCAGUAAAUCGAAAAAGGACGAUGAAACGGAUGAGGAGGAAGAAUCAUCUAAGGAAUCGAAGGCUGUAACUGGUAGUCGACUGCCGAAAGGCCUAUCGCACCGUGAUGUGGAUGAUGCGCAUGGUGAACCUGGUGCUGCAGCAGGAGCCGCAACCGAAAACAACUGUCCAAAUUUUUCCGUUUAUUCGUCCGAGACAUUGCAGUACGCGAAAGGUGGAGGUACGGACGGAAAUCAACCGUACGAUCCACUCGACAGUGAGCAGCGUACGGAUGAUGAGGAGGAUGAUCGUUUUGCUGGCGAACGGGAUGAAGAUUUGGUGCAGCUCGACGACGACGACAUGGAUGGGGAGCCGUACACAAAUAUGAAGCAAAAUGGAGGAGAAGAUGAGCCUGCAGCAGAAGUAGCGGCAACAGAAGCAUCAGAAGCAGCAACAGACGAGAACGAUGAAGGUACACCAGCCCGCGAUGAGUUCGAUUCGGAAAGUGACGAUGAGCUGAAAAAGAUUGAGGCAGAUUCGAAUCGGGGUGGAGCUGAUGGACGCCGGGAAGCUGGUGGUGGGUUGGAUGCACUGACCCCACCACUGACGACAUCACUCGUUGCUGCACUAGGAGCAUCCGGGGCAGCAAUGGCAGCUGCUUCGGCAAUCGCUACAGCAAACUUUGGUGCUCCAGCCGGUUUGAUGGCAGGAACCACGGCAGAAGACGACCGUAGCUACACGCCCUGCUUGGAUGAGAAGUAUCAAGAGCGUCGGGAAAUGAUCGAUGCGGGUGAAGGUCCUUCCGGUGAGGGUUCAUCCUUGCUCGAUACAUCUACUCGCUACCGUAGCCAGGGCAGUGCGAUUGAUACUGCCGGUAUUGAUGGGAUGGAUACGGAGCUGAUCUCGGACGAAGAUGAUUCUGCCUUUGCGGACGCAGCAGCCGCUGCGGCUGGCGGAGAUCAGCUAGAAGGUGGUCCAUCUACCUCGAAGGGUGGACAGCAAUCGUCGAAGCGAAAGGAACAACUUGCCUCGUUCAAGAAGGUAACGAAAAAGGGUCGCGAGCGUAACUAUCGCGAGAAGGACACAAAGAAACGAUCGUCACGUGAUGGUGCCGACCGGAACGGCGGACGAAACGGAGAUGGUGAUGAAGCAAGUGGCACCGAAGGACGAAAGUCGGCCGACCGUCGGAAUCGACCCCGGCGACCAAAACGGAAAGAAAUGCCCCGUUACGACAUUCGGUCGAUAAUUGCUGAGAAGAGGCCUCGCAUCUAUAAAGAUCCGUUCGGACGUGACAUUACACCGAAGCGACGAUCACGCACGUCACGUUCUCCUUCACGCAGCCGUUCGCGUGAGCGACGCAACAUGUCUAUCUCACUCUCACCGGAACCAAUACCGGCGGUACGCUCGCGUGGUCCAGGGACCGGUUUUGGUACCACCCGAAGACGCUCCGUAUCACCAGCACUUCCAACGCGCCACCGAGGCCGAUCACCACCACCGCACGGAGCUCGUUCUCCCCUACCUUCCUUCCGUCGGUCACCACAUCGGUCUUCCUCAAGAUCACGAUCCCGUUCGAGAGGUGGUGGUGGACGCUCUGGACCAAUCGGCGGUCUACGAUCACCUUCGCCCCGUUCACCACCGCGGGGUCGUUUCGGACGUUCGAUAUCACGGUCGCGAUCCCACUCACCGUCACCUUCCCACCAUCGUCCAGCGGUGCGUCGCGGGAGCUUCCGUCGAUCCCUUACACCUUCCCGUUCUCGCUCACCGCCCGACAGACGUGUUGCGCGUGCAAAAAAGAAGGCCAAACGGAAGAAGAGAAUGGUGUCGGUUAGCCGUAGCAGAAGUCGUAGUCGGAGUCGUAGUCGAAGUCGAAGUCGCAGUCGUAGUCGCAGUCGAAGUCGCAGUCGUAGCCGAAGUCGGGGACGUGGUCAUAAAGCGUCCGUCUCGGCACGCAACGCCACUGGACGCAAAAAGAAAAACAAAACCCGUCGCAGCGUGACACCCCCGGUAGUGAAGAGUAUCAACAAGAAGCAGAAGAAAAAGAAAGAUCGCAAACGGUCACUUUCUUCGCCGGUGGGUGGUGGAUCACGAUCGAGGUCACGCACACCGCCACCAACUGUUUCAUCCGGUAUACUUACCGACCGUUUUGGUAAAGGAUCCGGUGGUCAACGGCCACGUGACAACACCUCCUGGACACCUCCGCCCCUUCCACCGCUGACAGCCAGUUCCCGUGCGAAAGCUACCAACGGACCGUCAGCAUCAGCGGCGUCGGGUGCUGCCAAUUUGACCGUCAUCCUUACGAACGAGGAAGCGCUAGCGAAGCAACAGGAGGAUCGGGAGGGACGCAGCAGCAAACAGGCGCGCAAGGAAGCGCGACGCCGGGAGCGGGAGGCCCGCGAGAAGAAUGCCACCCUGCCCUCGAAGGAAGUAUUUACAUCGGGUGAUAAUAUUCUUGUAAGUGUUAGCUUUAACGAUAAGAGUGCAUCGUCGGUGGCGGCAACGGGCAAGGAAGGUGGACACGAUAAAGCACGGUCGGAUCAUCACCACCACCAUCACCACCAUAAUCACCACCAUCAUGGCCUUGAGCGUCCUGGUGGCAAGCAGCAGCAGCAGCAGCAACAACAACAACAACAUCAGCGUCAGAAGGACUCUUCGACCGUACCCGCUUCCAGUUCGGCGGGCAAGCGGCAACGGGUUGGGGAAGGCGAGCGGCCAAAGACUAAACGACUCGAUGGUCGGCUAAAGCAACGUACGCGUCCCACCGUUGACGUUCCUUCGAAACCGGUCGUAAUUAUCGAUCUGGAUGGUUCGCCGUUCCGCGUGCUGACACCGUCACCGAAAGCCGUCAUCGUACUGUCCGACAGUGAUACGGAGAAGGAAAAGGAUAGGCGAGCUGCUGGAGCAGUUGGUGUUAGUGGAAGUGCGGGAAACUCCACAUCUGGUACGAAUAUUGAUGCAUCCUUGGCUGGUAGCGCAACAGGUCCAGAGAAAAAUAGCAAUACUACUAGUGGAGGUGUUGGAUUAAUAUUGCGAACCGGUGGAGGAGCACCUGGCGGCAGUACACUUGGUCAGUCGCUCGGGUUGAUGGAUGGGCAAAACACGAGUGGAGCAGUAGCGGCGAGUGGCGCCGUAACUGCUGGGCCGUCAUCCGGUUCAAACGUUGGAGGAGUCCUGAGGAAAACGCCACCCGAACGUCGCUCACCACCGGUGGAUGAUAUGUUUGGACCGAAAACUCCACCCGGAUUCCCGACGAGCAGCAGUAGCAACAGUGGCGCUAGUGCCGGUCUUGGCAACCAGCAAUCGCUGAAGGCAAUGCAAGCACCAAAGUUCUCGAUGCAGGUCAAGACGAAAUCGACGAACGUGCGACCCGUCAACCCACUGUACGAUCCGGGCGAUUUGGACGAAGGCAAGGAGGAUGAUAGUCCCGAACGGCAGGAUGGAACGGCGGCCGGUGAUAUGCCAAGCAUCGGUGAGGAGGGUGGUAGUGAUGCGCCCCAGACGCAGGGAAGCUUGGCGAUGGGUUAUGGUGCAGGUGGUAGUGUUGGUAGUAGUGCGAUAGCUACCGUGGGUCCGAAUACACCGCCAGAACCCGCACCACAGUCACCAUCGCCCGAUGUGUACGAUCCGUUCGAACCAACCAAAUCGCCAUCUCCUUCUCCAACGCCUGGUGGUGGUUCGUCACGUGACCGAUCGGAUGCUCUUUCGAUUGGGCGACUCUCGGACGAGGAACAAAGUAAGUCGACAAACAGAGACGGGCCUGGUUCCGGUUCGGUGGCAGAUACUGGCGGUAUGAUGAUGCUGGAGAGUUCUACCUCUGGAAAUGCGGUUGGACCGAACGAUGCCAUGAAUGGCGGUGGUAACGUUGGAGGAGCUGGUGUAGACUCGAGAACACCUCCACAGUCUCUUAUGGGACGCAGCAAUGGUAAUAGCAGCGGUAAGGUUACAAUGCUUAGCAACAUCGUACUCGGCGGGUCAGCGACGAACGCGAACACGACGAAGGAUCAGACCGGUGCCAAUUCCGAUUCAGACGUCAUCUUCGAUGAGUUUGUACCGUCGGCGGGUGGAGCGAAUAACAACAAUCUCAUCUCGAAGUUGCCACUUCCACUGGCCGGAUCCACCGGUGGCCAACAGGGACAGUCGGCCGGUGGUAAGUUUGGUGAUUUCAUGAACCCGACCGACUCUCCAUACUCGCCCGGUGCCAGCGAUUUCGACGAUUUGUUUGAACCGCCCGGUGGGGGUGGUGGUGGUGGUGGAGGUAUGGAUUUGCUUGAUUCGCCACCGAUGCACACGUCGGCGCACCCUGGCAAGCAGCAGUCAAACCACCAAUCGAACUCGCAGCUUCCAGGUGGUGGACGAUCGUCGAAACCGAUGCCACCGACGAAAGCGGCCAAAAAGUCGACCAACCAGUUCGAUACACUGUUUGGUUCAUCGCCGAAUCAGCAUCACGGUGGUAAAACGGGUGGCCGCAACCGGAAGGGACCGCACAAACGCUCGAAAGGAGGAAAAUCCAACCAAAAAGGUGACACUGCUAACGAUGAAGAUCCGUCUAAGCUAUCGGAUAAGGAGAAGUACCUGAAGAAACUCAACCGCCUCGAACGCGUUGUCGAGGAAGUCAAAUUGGUUAUCAAACCGUACUACAACAAGAAGCAAAUUAACAAGGACGAAUACAAAGAUAUUUUACGCCGUGCUGUCCCGAAGAUCACUCAUAGCCGCACUGGCGAAAUAAAUCCGAUCAAAAUACAAAAGUUGAUCAAGGCGUACGUGCGUAAGAUACGUGCAAAACGGCGCCUUUCGAAGAAGGGUUCCGGUGGUGCGAUUGGCCAGCUAGGUUUACCGAUGGCAAACAACAAUGCAAUCAUACUUUAA